AUGGUGAACUGUUCUCCAUCAUUCCAGCAUCCGGUGGGUUCCCUGCCAUCGGUGUGUCCUGCCCGGGUCCGGUUACUGCUGGCGCUGCUCGUGUUCGGAAACGUUUGGCUCGCCGCCGUAGGUACGCAACGGACCGUCUAUCGGGCCGGUGACGAAAUUGUGACGAUAACGCGCACAAAAGUCGACCCGUCCACGGCUUCGUCCCCUGGCUACUCGUACUAUACGUACACAGCCGCGAACCCUCAGCCCGAAAUCGUGUACUACACGAACGCGCAAGGUAUCACGACCAGGCAGUAUCAGACCACCUCCGGAUCGGUGGGGUCCGCAACUCGGCGCAUUGCCUACGAUGACGGAACUGCGACGGAAGGGCAAGGAUGUUCGCGCAGUCCGUGUGGUGUAGGCGCCACAUGUCAGGAGACGGCCGGUGGACGGCCAGUUUGUUCCUGCCCCGCCGGCUACAGUGGCAACCCGCUCGUCCAAUGCCGACGGGCGGAAUGUCUCGAUCAUUCGGAAUGCCGUGGCGAUCAGGCCUGCCGUAACGGGAACUGCGUCAACCCGUGUGCGGGCGUAUGCGGCAUCAAUGCCAACUGCGAGGUACGCAACCACGUGCCGGUGUGCAGCUGUCCGCGCGGCCGUACGGGUGAUCCGUUUAGUAGCUGCCGUUUGCAGGACCCCGAGGAACUGUGCCGUCCUAGUCCAUGCGGAUCGAACACCAAGUGUGACGUAAUCAACGGUGUGCCGACCUGUUCCUGUUUGCCAGGAUAUAUCGGUUCUCCACUGUCCGGCUGUCGGCAUGAGUGUGAAUCGGACGUGGAAUGUAGCUCCAACCAGUACUGCAGCCAGUUCAAGUGCGCGAAUGGAUGUAACCAGUGUGGCAAGGGUGCGACCUGUGCCCGGGUGACGAACCAUCGGGCCAUCUGUGAGUGUCCCAAAGGAUACAUCGGCAGCCCGUUCACCGAGUGUCGGCCGGAGUGCUUUGGCGAUCGGGACUGUCCGGCGGGUCGGCCGGCCUGUAUCUAUGGCAUUUGCAAAAAUCCCUGCGAAGGUGCGUGCGGCGUGAAUGCCGACUGUAACCUGCGCGGUUUGACGCCGGUUUGCAGUUGUCCGCGGGAUAUGACGGGCGAUCCGUUUAUCAGCUGUCGUCCGUUCACGAAGGAAGACCUGUGCAGUCCGAAUCCGUGCGGCACGAAUGCUGUCUGUACGCCCGGAUACGAUCGUAGCAACCAGGAGCGGCCUGUAUGCACCUGUCCGGCCGGCUAUACGGGCAACGCACUGACCAGCUGUGUUCGUGGUGAAUGCCAGAGUGAUGCAGAGUGUUCCGAUCAUAAGGCUUGCAUUGCGUACCAGUGUGUGGAUCCUUGCGUUGGACAGUGUGGCGUUGGUGCUCAGUGUCAGGCGAAGCGCCACCUUGCGGUCUGUACCUGUCCGGCGGGAACACAGGGAGAUGCGCUCGUAUCGUGCCGUACCGCCCGUAAUUAUCCAGUGGCCCGAUAUAACAAAAAGCGUAAUGCAGUACCCUAA